UUUAAUGUCGUGAAUUCAAUAAACGAAAUAGACACGCCGAAAAGUACAUGCCGGCAUAAUUAAUAGACGUUAGUUCAAUAUAUAUCACAAAUUAUAAAAUAUUAAUAUAUUACAAAAAUGUCUGUGUUACGUGCUGCGUUUUUCACAUAUCAUAUUAAUGGUUCUGUUAUUCCAAGGUAUUCCUUGCAGAAGUGUUUUCUACAAGGAAAGAGUCAGAAUUUAUUGGGAACAGCAAAGCGUGAACUUAGUAAAAUUAUUCAAAGAUGUGCCAAAGAAAAUGUGGACAAGCCAAAGCUUCUCUCGUACAUUCAGAAAUUUGGCUUUGGUGGGCUUGGUGUGACGGUUGCUUGUAUUUUAAAAUCACGCAAUCAAAUUGUGUUCUGCAAAGAAGUUAAAAGAACAAGUGACAUAAGUCUGGUCAAUCCAGAUAACUCUGUUGAAUCAUUGAUCUUUGAAUGGACAAAAUUUUUUAAAUAUUUAUAUCCACAUAUCUGGUAUUUAUUAAUAGCACUGUCAAGUGCAUUAAUAGUUGCAUUAUUAAAUAUACAAAUACCGCAAUGUGUUGGAAGUGUUAUAAAUGUACUUACGGAAAUAUGUCAGAAUAAACAAGAUUCUGCAAAACAAGUCAUUCUGCAGCUUACUCAACCAGCUUUUACUUUGGCGCGUAUGUACAUUGUGCAAGCAUUUUUUACUUUUGUAUAUAUUUAUACUCUGUCACACGUUGGUGAAAGGGUUGCAAUGAGCUUACGCCAAGAUUUGUUCAAAUCCAUUAUUAUGCAAGACAUAGCGUUUUUUGACAAAACACGUUCUGGUGAAAUAGUAAGUCGAUUGACCAGUGAUAUUCAAGAUUUUAAAAGUUCAUUUAAAAUCUGCAUUUCUCAAGGCUUGAGAAGCUUCACGCAAAUUAUUGGUUGUAUCGUCUCUGUAAUAGUGAUAUCACCGCAGUUAACCACUCUUGUGGUACUCAGUUUGCCUCCAAUAAUUUUUGUCGGUACUCUGCUGGGAAGAAGUUUGCGCAUGCUGUCGAUGGAAGCGCAAAAUCAAGUUGCAAAGUCUACAGCUGUCUGCGAGGAAGCUAUACAAAAUAUCCGAACGGUGAGAGCUUUCGCCGCAGAGGAGAAAGAAGCGGAAAUGUUUUACAAAGAGAUUGAACAUUCGUCUGAUCUAUAUGAACGAUUAGGUUUUGGUAUAAGCUUUUUUCAAGCAGGAACGAAUUUAUUGCUUAAUGGUAUUCUACUUUCUACACUGUACUUUGGUGGACAAUUACUCUCAACAGGACAGUUGUCUCCGGGAAAUCUCAUGGCAUUUUUAAUGGCUACACAAACCAUACAAAAGUCUUUGGGCCAAUUGUCGGUACUUUUCGGAACUUUUGUUAGAGGACAGAGUGCUGGGGCUAGGGUUUUUCAGUAUUUAGAUAUGCCACCUUCAUCAAUGAUGAUCGGUGGUGACAUAAUCGCGGAUAAAUCUUUAGCGGGGAAUAUAGUUUUCAAAGAUGUGAAUUUCAGUUAUCCCACUAGACCUGAUCACGUUAUUUUGAAAAAUUUUAACUUACAUAUUCCCGCUGGGAAAACUGUGGCUAUUGUUGGUACUAGUGGUAAUGGUAAAUCAACAGUGGCUGUAUUAUUAGAAAGAUAUUAUGAUGUUGAUAAAGGCUCCAUUACUAUUGACGGUCGAGAUAUCAGAUCUCUUAAUUCAAGUUAUCUCAGAGGUAAUGUUUUAGGCUAUAUCAAUCAAGAGCCUACUUUAUUCGCUACCAGCAUUAUGGAAAAUAUAAGAUAUGGAAAACAAGACGCAACAGAUGAAGAGGUCAUUGAAGCAGCUAAAGAAGCAAAUGCACACGAAUUUAUAAUAAAGUUCCCAGAUAGCUACGCGACUGAGGUUGGUGAAAGAGGUACGCAACUCUCUGGUGGACAAAAGCAACGGGUUGCUAUCGCCAGAGCCUUAUUAAAACAACCGUCUGUUUUAAUUUUGGAUGAAGCAACAAGUGCAUUAGACUAUGAAAGCGAGAGAGUUGUUCAAAAAGCGAUUGAAAAUGUUACAAGAGAUAGAACAGUUCUUGUCAUUGCUCAUAGAUUGAGUACCAUUAAAGGAGCUGACGUAAUUGUCGUGUUACAACGUGGUGUCAUUGUGGAGAUGGGCACACAUUCGGAAUUGAUUAAACGGAAAGGAGUAUAUUACACGCUUGUUAACGAGCAGGAAAAAGAGAAUAUGUAAUAGUAAUAAGAUAUAGAACAAAUUACAUUGUAC